CCAUUUUGCAGCUGCAGAUCAGUGGAGCUCCGUAGCCGCCGCCUUCGCUGCUGUGCAGGAGAGGGUUAAUAUCAGUGUGUAUAUAUUUUGUUACGGUUUUAUUGUUCUUGUAGGAUUGAAGACGGUUCAUUGACAGAAUGUCGGAUUUCGACAGUAACCCUUUCGCAGAUCCUGACUUCAGCAACCCUUUUCAGGAUCCCUCAGUGACACAAGUGACGCGGAAUGUGCCACCCGGCCUGGAGGAGUACAAUCCAUUUACAGAUACAAAACCCGCUCCGCCUGGCUCAGGCCCUAAAGUCCCACCCACUGCAAACACACAGCCAGCCAUCAUGAAGCCCACCGAGGAACCCCCAGCUUAUUCACAGCCACAGCAAACACAGGAUCAGGUACGGGCCCAGGCCGAAUUGCUGAGGAGGCAGGAGGAGUUGGAGAGAAAAGCUGCAGAGCUCGACCGCAGAGAAAGAGAGAUGCAGUCACUCAAUGCAUCUGGAGGCAGGAAAAACAACUGGCCACCACUGCCUGAGAAGUUCCCUGUGGGUCCUUGCUUCUAUCAUGACAUAUCAGUGGAUAUCCCAGUGGAGUUUCAGAAGACAGUCAAGAUAAUGUACUACCUGUGGAUGUUUCACACAGCAACACUGUUCCUGAACAUCUUCGGCUGCUUGGCGUGGUUUUGUGUAGAUGCGACGCGUGGUGUUGACUUUGGCCUGGCCAUGCUGUGGUUCAUGCUCUUCACUCCCUGCUCAUUCGUCUGCUGGUACAGACCACUGUAUGGGGCGUUCAGGAGUGACAGCUCUUUCCGUUUCUUUGUGUUUUUCUUCAUCUAUAUCUGUCAGUUCGGUGUUCACGUGAUGCAGGCCAUCGGCAUCACGGGCUGGGGAGUCAGUGGUUGGAUCUCAGCACUGACUGGCCUUAACAAAAGCAUUCCUGUCGGCAUCAUUAUGAUCCUGAUUGCUGCUCUGUUUACCGCCUCUGCUGUCAUCUCUCUCAUCAUGUUUAAAAAGGUCCAUGGGCUGUAUCGGACCACUGGUGCAAGCUUUGAAAAGGCCCAACAGGAAUUCGCAACCGGCGUCAUGUCCAACAAAACGGUUCAAACAGCGGCCGCUAACGCCGCCUCGACCGCUGCUCGUGGAGCAUUCAAAGAGCAAUUCUAAUAGGCCGAAAGAGAGCAGGCCAGAUUUCAAGCUCCUCCCCCUCCCCCUCCUCUUUUAUCAUUCUUUCUUAUUGUACUCCUUUGACUUGUGAGUCAUCUGUAAGCCUGUUUCAGAUGUGGAGGAUCCCAGACUCCGCCCCUUCAUUGCCUCGGUGCACUCCAUUGGCUAACUAUGACUCUCUUCCCUUCAUUUAGAAGAUGCACUCAACUGACUAAUGCUGAGAUUGUGUGCGUGUGUGUGUGUGUGUGUGUGUGUGUGUGUGUGUGGGUGUGGGUGUGGGUGCGUAUGAGUGUGUGCGCUUGUCAUACUCCAUU